AUGGAAAUUAAACCAAAGUGGAUUUUUUGUUUGCUACUUUGCACAAAUAUUAUUAUUAAUCUAGACUAAGGUAUCAUUCCAGCAGGUAUCGUCUAUUUUUUUAUUAAGCAAUAUAAUAGAUAGAAGAAUCUCUUGAAUUAACUUCAGAAUAAUUAGGUUAUUUAGGAUCAUAAGUUUAUGCAGGUGUCACUCUGGUUUGUUUGUUUGGUGGAAAAUUGUUUCUACAUUUCAAUUCAAAAAUGAUAGUCAUGUUUAGUUAUAUUGGAAUGAUAUCUUCCUUAACCUUAUUUCCAUUAAAUUAUGGAUCAAGUUGGCCAUUUUAUAUUUUUAGAUUCCUCACAGGUUGUUCAAAAGUAUUUAAUUGUAUUAAAAAAAGGCACCUAUGAUGAUUUAUUUUCCUGUUUGGGUAGAUAAUUUUGGUGGAGAAUCAAAAACAAUUUGGAUUACAAUUCUACAAGGAGUAAUUCCACUUGGUAUAUUUGUUGGUUACUCUUUAUCAAGUGUUAUUUCUAGUUUAUGGUAAUGGUAAGCAGCAUUCUACAUUUAAGUUAUCAUGUUAACUGCUUGUGCAACUAUUUUCAUUAUUUUUGUUAGAAAUUAGGACUUUGAUAUAAAAAAAAGUACUAAAAGCAAAUUAGGAAGUAAAUCAAUCAAUGAAGAAUAAUCAUUUCUUGCUUAAACUUCAAAAAAAAGUUAUUGCUAAAUGAUGAAAGAAUUAUAUUCUAUAAAAUUAUGGUUAUGCUGUACAAUUGUAAUAAGCAUAUUGUAUUUUAUUGUAACUGGUAUUUAAUUUUGGAUGACAGACUAUAUGAUUCAUGAGAUGCAUUAAGAGAAAUAAACAGUGAAUAUUGUAUUUGCAAUAGUAUCAAUAACUGCUCCUGUAUUUGGAUGUAUUACAGGAGGAUUAAUAGCAUAGAAAUUAGGUGGAUACUAAAGAACUAAAUCAUUAUAUGUGUGUGUCUUAUAUUGCUCGCUUUGUUGUUUAAGUGCUGCUCCAGUACCUUUUACAGAGACAUUUUGGUUUGGAGCAUUAUGUCUAUGGUUUUUAUUAUUCUUUGGAGGAGCAAUAGUACCACCAUUAAUGGGAAUUAUGCUUUCUUCAGUUCCUAAACAUUUGAAGGCAUUUGCAAAUUCAAGUACAACUAUGUUUUAAAAUUUGUUUGGUUUCUUACCUGCACCAUCAAUUUAUGGAUUUUUGAUGGAAAGAUAUAAUUCUCAAGUUGCAGUAUUUGCAUUGAUGUAUUAUUCUUUUGUUGGAUUAUUUGUUAUGUUAUUAGCUGUUUAUUUUAGGAGAUAGUAGAAUAAUAAAAAGGUAGGAUUUGAAGAAGUAUUUGCUCAAUAAUAAGAUUCAAAAUCAUCUGUUUUAUAAGAUGAAGAAAACUUUAACAUUACAGUUAGAGUACUUCAAUAUGGGGAUGCUCCUUUAGUCACAUCACUUACUCCUCAUAUAGAAGAUUAAAUUUUAAAUUAUGAUAAUCAAGAAGAAGAAUUAAAUUAAAAAGAAAUUUGA